GGACACUUCAGCAGCAGGCUUCAGCAGCAGCAGCAGCAGGAGGACGAUUGCGUGUUUCUGUCGCUUCCUGCUUCCUCAACAAGAGUGUCUGAGAAAUCUGCAAGACGCGGCGCUAAGCAUUGCAGAACACGGAGACCCCCUGAAGCCAAAGGGAGCCCGCUUGUGUGGUUUCCAGUGCUGUUUUAGGACACGCUCGGCUCCGGACUGAGCGAACCUGCCGGUUUCUCCUGCGUCCUGAUCCUCCGCAUCCACCCGAGCAUGGGCGGCGAGUCGGUCUGCAGAUAAACACACCCUAACUCUGACUGGUGACCAGUCAUGGGACCCCAGCGGACUUGGUUCCCCUGGGUGCACUGCCAGGAGAGUGAAUCCUCUAGUCCAGACGAGGAGCGGGAGCAGCGCUGGGCUGAACUCUUUGAACAGCUGGACAUCAACAAAGAUGGACACAUUGACAUCCUCGAACUGCGGAGAGGGCUGGCAGACCAGGGGCUUUCCAAAGGCUCAGUAGAGAAGAUCGUGGAGGCCGGAGACACCAACCGUGAUGGAGUGCUGGACUUAGAGGAGUUCACUCAGUAUCUUCGUAGCCAUGAAAAACAGCUUAAAGACAUGUUUCGCAGCCUGGACAAUAACAACGAUGGGCGCAUAGAUGCAACAGAGAUUCAGGUCUGUCUUCGCAACAUUGGUGUGAAUAUUAGCUUGGAGGAUGCCAACAGGAUUUUGUUAAGUAUGGACAAGGAUGGGACAAUGACCAUUAACUGGAAUGAGUGGCGGGACCACUUCCUGUUUAACCCUAUCACUAACAUGGAGGAAGUGGCGCGCUAUUGGAAACGCUCAUUGAUGGUGGACAUCGGUGAGCAGCUGACAGUCCCAGAUGAAUUUUCAGAAGAGGAAAAGAAGUCUGGGUUUGUCUGGCGGCAGCUGAUGGCUGGAGCCAUGGCCGGAUCUGUAUCCCGGACUGGAACGGCCCCUUUAGAUCGGCUCAAAGUCUUCCGACAGGUACACGGCUCCUCUGAUUUUAAAGGGAAUGUGCUAAGCAAUUUUCAGACGAUGGUGAAAGAGGGAGGAAUCUGGUCUCUGUGGAGGGGAAAUGGAAUCAAUGUCCUAAAAAUUGCCCCGGAGACUGCUAUCAAGUUUGCAGCUUAUGAACAGAUCAAGACAAUGAUGCGCGGCAGUAAUGAAUCUAAGACUUUAAAAGUACAUGAGAGAUUCAUUGCCGGCUCUUUGGCUGGAGCAACAGCUCAGACAGCCAUCUAUCCAAUGGAGGUGUUAAAGACCCGUCUCACACUGAGAAAAACAGGUCAAUACUCAGGAAUAGCAGACUGUGCCAAACAGAUCCUACAGAGAGAAGGCGUCGCAGCCUUCUACAAGGGCUAUAUACCUAACUUGCUGGGUAUUAUCCCUUACGCUGGCAUCGAUCUGGCUGUCUACGAGACUCUGAAGUUUGCUUGGCUGAACAGGAACAGAGGUUUAGUGGACCCAGGGGUCACGGUGCUGGUCGGAUGUGGUGCCGUGUCCAGCACUUGUGGACAGCUGGCAAGUUACCCUUUGGCGCUGAUCCGUACCCGAAUGCAAGCGCAAGCUUCAGUGAAGGGAGCCCCUAAAGUCUCUAUGUUGACGUUGCUUCAAAACAUUUUGAGCCAGGAGGGCGUUACUGGACUUUAUCGAGGAAUUUCUCCCAACCUGCUCAAAGUCAUCCCCGCUGUGAGCGUGUCCUAUGUCGUCUAUGAAUACACAAGGAUAUUCCUGGGAGUGGAUAUAGAGGGUAGGAGGGUAGGAAAAGGAAAGGGAUAGCAAAAGGAGAAACUGUGGUGCUUUUUACCUGCAAGCUGUUGGAAGUGCAUGGGUAGACAGGCUUUUGAAUGAUACAAGAGAAUGUAAGUCUUUUAUUUUGAAGAUAAAGAUGAGAGAAAUCAACAUAUAUACUGUAUGUUAUAUAUACAGUAUGACGUGAUCUGGCAGCUGCUGGAAGCUUUUCACGUGUGAUUGCUUUGCAAUGCAUGCCAGCAGAUGUGUGAAAGCUAACAGACUGACAUUUUGCUGCUGGAGUGACCUGGACAGACGAGGAUUUGCAUGAACUUGACUGAGAACAGGUAAAAGGUAUAGCCGAUCUUGGAAACCAUAUUAUAUUGCUACAACAUUUUUUUUUUUCUUCCAGGUGGUACUUAGAGAAGAUGGAGGGCUGAUCCAAUUUCCUCAUUUGUAAGUGAGAGGAAUGAUUGGUUACAUCGUAACCAAUUUUCUCUAAGUAGAGAGACUUACAGGGUCUCCCAGUCCCACAUAUUUUACAUGUAAGGGGUCUGAUCUCCCUGGGGAUACUCUUUAAGAGACAUCACUGAUUGGCUAUAGAGUCAGAGAACCUAGGUUACAAAGUAACAAACUGUUCUCUUAUGUAUCAAGGCUCUCUCUCCACCCAUUUUCAAUGUAUAUGAGGACUCUGUAAGAAACACGGUUAGGAAACGAAGCAAAUGUCGCACAAAAUGGCAGCUGAGUAUUAGUGUGAUUGUAGAGUUCUUCUACACAUAAGCAUAUGCUCAUGGUUUUGGUCCAAGAUGCUACCAAGGGUUAGCUGCCCCUCCCAAGCACUACGGCUACUUGCAAAUGUAAGGAAAGCCACUUGGCUACAGUGAAAAAACAACAUCAUUCUCAACCAUAUGUGAGCCAUGUGCUACAGAGUCCAGCAUGCAUUUUUCAAUUAAUUCACUUUUAGGUAAAAGUGGUAAAAGUGGACAGGUUCGUCCAAAAGGCUCCUGUAAAAAAUUUCUGUGAGAAACACAUCCUGCAGUAAAGCCCAUGAGGUCGUAGAACUCCUCGAGGAAAGACAUGCACUCUGCAGGUCCUGGCCUGCCCGUUUAAAUGAAUACUAGAUCAUCUCAACAAUCCAGUGACAGGUUUCCCCAGGCAGUCUGGUCUGUUACAGACAAGUAGUUCACCUACUGAUCUCUGAGCACGAGUCUGAAAAAGAUACAUCUUGAAAACAAGACCUUAAGGUGAAGUGGAGGGUUUGGAUAAAGCACUGCCUGCAUAAUCUGGCAGCCAGCUGCAACACUACCUGUGUACUGAAAGCUCUGACGUUCUCACAGUCUUUCAGCUGACACCACAACCAGCAUGAACACAGAACCAUUACCUCCAAAUCCCUUGGCAGGACAGCAAAGCAUAACACUACAAGCACUUUUGGCAAACCAGGCAGUACAGGUGCUAGUUUAUGAGUACCAGCAAAGGUUGUUUUCAUGGCUGCAAUCAGUCCCCUCAAAGCUAAGAGGGACUUGUAGAAACUGGAGAAUGUCAGGGGCUGUGCAGAUGAGGGAAUCUACCUGUCUCACAUUGAACUCCCAGUUUCAACUUUGCUUGAACUACUCCGUAGUCAUAAGAACACACCACCCUGUUUGAUCAAGAGCCUGGGCCAAAGCUGUGGCUGGAAACUCAGAGGCCAAGCCUAAAGCCUCAGCCUCUGUGAAAAGGAAUGAUAAAGGUUGCUAACAUACAGACCUGAUGACCACAAUGAUGAGGGUCACUCAACCUAAACUCUUUGCAGGAGGAUAUGGAGGCGAGUAAAGUGAGGCAGGUCAAAUAGAAGGCCACUAAGGCCACGGAUGUGCCACUGUGCAGUUAGGUGACUGAAAACACAACCCAGCGACACAAAGCUCCGGUCACCUGGGUCCUCUGAAACUGGCUGGGCUGGUGUAGCCUGUGGUGUCUUUAGGAUACAUUCUUCACAGCCUUGUGGGUGCAUUCUUGACACUUCCUCUUGAGCCUGCUGUAACAUCAAGGUUGCAUUUGACUUGAACAAAGUUGAUGGUACAAUCUUUUGGACAGGCAGACCUGUCUUCACAUCUUUUCUUACCAAGCAAGUGGAAACUUCUGCUAAUCACAAUUACACAAACAAUAGACACAAACACUCAAUGCAAGUUGAAGAAACUGUAACACAGUGGUCACGGGAAACACACCACACGACUCCAGACUCUCAGUUUCAACUGUGCAAGCACCGUUUAUUCUCACAAUUAGUGAUUUAGUGGUCACACUUUACAGCGCCCUUUCCUCCAUCUGCGUCGCUCUGAUUUCUCUCUCUGCUUCACACCACCGGUCCCAACGUCCUACUGUGUAAAUAAGGGAGGUCAUGAUUAGCUGAUGACUGGCAGCAGUGCCAAUCAGGCGCCCCUGGCACUGCCCCUGAACCCUCUGCUCCACCCCUCCCCUGCCGCUGCACCACAAACCACACCCUGCCACCAUACUCAUGUUUUCUGGACUCCAUGGAAAUCAAGUUAUUAAAAAGCCCUGCACACAUUGCACUUAUACUGCGGUAUUGCCAACCAUUGUGUGUACACCACAGGUGAUGUGUCUUAAACAGUAUACACAGUAACUGAGCUGGGGGGAUCAGUCCUUGUACAUGUGGAAUAUGUAGGGUGGAGGUACACUCCUGACUUAAAAGGGCCACAAUUAGUAAAGCAAAGCAAUAGGUAAUGAAAAAACUACUGAACUUAAACCAUUAAAUGAUUUUGUGUACAAAAGCGAAAUGGGGCUGGUGAAAACAGGAGAAGAGGCACUCUGUCAUGCAUUUCCUAGAAGAGUUACUACUGAAUAAAGCACACCCAAAGACUUCAUGGUUUACAGAAGAUGAACUGCCAAAGCAAUAUCAAGGAGCACAGAUUGUUUCAGAUAACUUCUUCGGCAAAAUGCUCAUGGGUAACAUCACUGUUCUUAUGCAGAGAAGUAUUUGAAUGCUUUCUUACUACAUGGGCCAGUGCCAUAUACAUUAUUUUCAUAAACACUAUACUAAGACUUAUCUUUGUCUGUAUCAUGAAACAAUAAUAGUAUUUAAUGCCUGUGAACAUUUUUUCUCAGUAUUCAAAAUAUGUAUGAAUGAAAAAUAAAAUGAAAGCAGUGAACUAAAAAAA